AUGGCAAACCCACAGACCAGAUAUACCCAUUUGGACGCUUUUGAUACGGGCAGGCUCCCCGUUAGUGACAUCCACACUUUACACUACGAACAGUACGGCAAGCCCGAUGGCAAACCAGUCCUCUUCCUCCACGGCGGACCUGGCGGGCGUACCUCAAAAGCCAACACAGAAUUCUUCAACCCAGCCAUCUACCGUGUAAUCCUCUUUGACCAACGCGGCGCGGGCAAAUCAACACCCAUGGCUGAGCUCCGUGAGAACACCAGCCAGCAUCUAGUCUCCGACAUUGAAGUGCUACGCAAACACAUCUCAAUACCAAAAUGGCACCUCAUCUUCGGCGGGUCGUGGGGGUCGGCUCUCGCACUGUUGUAUGCGCAAGCAUAUCCCCACAUGGUCAGGACGCUGAUUCUACGGGGUAUAUUCACCUCCAGGCAGUGUGAGCUGGAGUUCUCACGUGGCACUUCUGGUGCCGCGCGGAUCUUUCCCGAGGCGUAUGAGGCAUUUGUCAACUAUCUUCCCGAGAAGAAUCGGUCGAGACCGAAGGAAGGGUACUAUCAGUUGCUUACCUCGGAAGAUCCUGCUACUAGACUUGAGGCGGCGAGGGAGUGGAAUCGCUGGGAUCUUAGCAUUGGGGCGUUGAUUCAGGAUCCGAAUGCAUUCUCUAAACUUGAAGAUGAGGAUUGGGUUUUGUCUCAUGCUCGGCUUGAGGCGCAUUAUUUUGUGAAUGGGGGCUUCUUGGAGGAGGGGCAGAUUUUGAAAGACGAGAAUUUGGAGAAGAUCAAACAUAUUCCCACUACUAUUGUUCAAGGGCGCUAUGACAUUGUUUGCGCGCCGCAGACGGCUUGGGAGUUACAUAAAGGCUUGCCGUGCUCUCGUUUGUUUUGGACUUCGGAUGCUGGUCAUAGUGCUGCUGAACCUGGUACGCAGGCUAAGCUGUUUGAGAUCUGUGAAGAGUAUGCUGGACUUUAA